AUGAAACAUAUAUCAGAAUGUCUUGUGAGAAAACUUGAAAUCAAACAAGAGAACGAUACUGUUACUGGUAUUAGUGGAACUCUUUCUGAAGUUAUUGAUUAUGACCGCAUAAGUAAAUUUAAAGUCAUAUCUUCACCUGACUUUAAAUACUUCCCCAUGGGAAUAGAAAAGUUUUUUCCAAACCUUGAAGAAAUCAUUAUUUCGAAUACUGGACUUAAAACUUUACCAACAGAAGCUCUUAGAAACUUCCAUAAGCUCAGAAAAAUUCAUGUUACCUAUAGCCAACUACAAGAGUUGGAACAAAAUGUGUUUUUUUUUAAUGGAGACAUUGAAGAAGUAAACUUGAGUGAAAACAAUCUGACAAGAAUUGGUGUUAACGCUUUCAAACAUCUUCAUAAACUAAAAAAGCUAAAUUUGAUGAACAAUUUUUGCAUUAAUGAAACAGCAAACCAUUCACUUUAUGUAUCUACGUGUUUAGCAAAAGUUUACGCUGCGAUAAAAAGUACUAAAAUAGUACUGAUAAAAAGUUAA